AUGUCGACAAAUAAUAGCGGACUCGAAAUUGUGAAGAUUGACGUAAAAGACGUCAGGUUCCCUACAUCGCUUGGUGCACACGGGUCGGACGCAUUGCACGUUGACCCAGACUACUCGUGUGCCUACGUAACAACAACCACCAAGAAUGGCACACAAGGAUUCGGUCUCACCUUCACUUGCGGCCGAGGCACGGAGAUCGUGGUCCUGACCAUCAGGUCCUUGAAGAAAUUCAUCAUUGGGAAAAAUGCUGGGGAUAUAUUCUCAGAAUUCGCGGGUUUUUGGAGAACUAUCACUAAUGACUCGCAAAUGAGAUGGAUUGGACCUGAAAAGGGUGUAGCGCAUUUAGCCGCCGCUGCAAUUCUAAAUUCGUUGUGGGAUUUAUGGGCUCGUCUUGAGAACAAACCGCUGUGGAAACUUCUUGUGGACUUGGAACCAGAGGUGUUAGUAUCAACCAUAGAUUUCCGAUAUAUAACGGAUGUCGUCACUAAAGAGGAAGCCAUUCAAAUGCUGAAAGAUAAACAAAUUGGCAAAGCUGACAGAAUUAAGUAUUUAGAGGAGCACGGCUACCCUGCUUACACCACACAAGUUGGUUGGAUGGGAUACAGCGAUGAGCUGGUGCAUUCACUAUGUGAGAAAUAUUUAAAACUGGGAUUUAAGUAUUUCAAAGUAAAAGUUGGAGUCAACUUCGAAGACGAUUAUAGGCGAUGCAGCGCGGUUCGCGAAUGCAUUGGUCCUAAUAAUUUCUUGAUGGUCGACGCAAACCAGGCAUGGAGCGUUAAUGAAGCUAUAGAGUGGAUGAAGAAAUUGGCACCCUUGAAACCGAUGUGGAUCGAGGAGCCAACCUCGCCAGAUGACAUCCUUGGACACGCUGCAAUAUCGAAGGCUCUGGCGCCAUACGAAAUAGGUGUAGCCACAGGCGAGAUGUGCGCUAACCGAGUUAUGUUCAAGCAGUUCCUACAGAGUGGUGCCAUGCAAUACUGUCAGAUAGAUUCAGCACGCAUCGGUGGCAUCAACGAAAUAAUCGCCGUAUAUCUGAUGGCUGAAAAGCUUAAAGUGAAAGUUUGUCCACACGCCGGAGGCGUAGGUCUUUGCGAGAUGGUACAACACUUGCAGUUCUUCGAUUAUGUGAGCGUGUCGGGCACUAUGCAGGACCGUCUUAUCGAGUAUGUAGACCAACAGCACGAGCACUUCGUUGACCCUUGCGUCGUGGUGAAUGCGAGAUACAUGCCCCAGGCACAUAUCGGAUACAGUACCCAGUUUCUCCCAGGAAUACUAGAUAAAUUUUCAUAUCCACAUGGCAGUGAAUGGAAAAAACUGAUUAAAGAUGGAUUAUUCCCACCCCCUGAUGAAGUUGAGUUGUUGAAUGCUUAA